AUGGUAGCCCUCGAUGUCGUCCACGCCUCCAAUGCCCGCCUGAGAGAGCUUGGUCCUGACCUUGUAGCUCUGUUCGUUGGUGGCACAAGUGGAAUUGGAGAAUUCACCCUCAAGGCUUUCGUCCAAAAUACAAUUUCUCCGCGAGUCUACCUGGUGGGACGAAAUGCUUCAGCCGCAGAUCGAAUCAUAAAAGAAUGCAGGGAAUUGAACAAGGAGGGGAAGGUGGAGUUCUUGAAGGCAGAUGUCACGGAGCUCAAGGAGGUUGAUCUUGUCUGCAAAGAGAUUCAGAAGCGGGAGAAGAAGAUCAAUCUUCUCUUUCAGACGCAAGGGAAUUUGACGUUAAACGGCCGAAAUGAAAAUCCUGAAGGCCUCGACCGCAAGUUCACUUUGAACUACUACUCUCGCAUGCGUUUCGUCUACAAUCUCCUUCCCCAGCUUCGUACCGCCAGCGCAGAACCCCCACACUUCUCUCGAACGCUCUCCGUCCUAGGAGCUGGGCACGAAGGUGCCAUAAAUCUCACGGACCUCGACCUCAAGACUACAUUCUCGGGAGCACGAUGUGCGGCUCACACAAUAGUCAUGAAUGAUUUCAUGGCUGAGGAAUUCGCUGCUCGAGAGCAUGGGAUCAGCUUCCUACAUACGAGUCCAGGUGUCGUUAAUACGGGCUUGACGAGAGAGUUGCCGAUAUGGGCGAGGGCUCUUAUGAAGGUUGCUACGCCCUUACUCUCGCUGUUCUUUGUUAGCGCAGAUGAAACUGGGCAAAGACAAUUGUUUUUGGCUUCAAGCGGAAUAUAUCCUCCAGCUAAGCCCGCCCAAGGUGCGCCAUUGGCAGCAGGAGUGCCGUUCCCAAAGGACUUUUCUGUUAGCAAGGGCUCGAAUGGGAAAGUCGGAAGUGGAGCUUAUCUUGUGAACUGGAAUGGGGAUAUCAGUGGUAAUGAGAAAAUCUUGUCAGAUUAUCGAGAGAAAGGGGUUGGCAAGACUGUCUGGGAGCAUACGAUGGGAAUUUUCAAGCAGGUGGAAAAGAUUAACCAGGGAGGAAUUGAUUCAGCGACUUCUUGA